UAAUGAGGAAUCUAUAUUUAGCCUGCACAACUCUUUCUUUGAUGUUUAUGGAAUGAUUUUUACGAACUACCGGAAAAUUAAAGGUCCUGGAAAAUAUUUUAUUGGAGCAGGAUGGGCAGUGUUUGUCAUGUUCUUCAUAUUCUUCUUUAAUAGCAAACUCAGUGCUUACUUAAUCAGUUCAGACUAUAAUGAUCCAAUAGAUAGUUUGGAUGAUCUGGUUUACAAAUCCAACUUAAUCCUUACAAUUGCAUCAGACCGACAAUGGGCCCCAGAAAAUGAGAAAUACUACAAGACUCUUGAAGAGCUUGGUAGAUUAAAUGAGGUUGGGGGAGCGAAUGAUUAUAGAUAUGCGAAUAGGACGCAUUGUACUGCACACACUACAAUUUCUGCUGAAGAUGGUGUUCACAGAAACUUGGUCGAUUUUGGGAAACCAAUAAUUAGGCUAGGGCGGGUUCCCUAUAUAUUCGACGAUGAAGGGACAUGUUUUGCAUGUCGGCGAAAAAAUAACUUUUGUGAGGAACUGGACAAGACGUUUAUCUUGGCGCAAGAAUUUGGAAUAUUCAAGAAAAUAAAACUCCAGUUUAUCAGGAUUUCAGAAGAGCAGAAAACCCCAGCUCCAACCAACUCUCUCGUUCUGGAACACUUCCUUCUUCCCUUCAUUAUUCUACUUGGAGGAAUAAUAAUUUCAUUCAUUAUUUUUAUUCUAGAACUUGCCAAACAUUCAAGCAAGACAACAAAUAUUAAUCUAAAUAAAAUCGGUUCAUCGGAUCUAGAAACUAAUGGCAGAGGGAUAUAAAUUCUCAAUUGAAAAAUGUGGUUGCAUUGAAAUUGUAUCUAGAUAUUAA